AUGGCUGGGAAUCAGAAGUUCGAGGCAUUCGAACCAUCGUCCGAAGAUUGGGACUCUUACCUCGCCAGGUUCGAGUUCCAUUUGGAGACACACGACAUCACCGAGGAGACAAAGAAACGAGCAUGCCUCCUGAGUUCGUGUGGAAAGGACACCUUCGACAUUGCGAGGUCGUUGGUGGCCCCGACCGAGGUGAAGACCGUCUCCUUUGCGGACAUCACAAAGAAACUGAAGGCUCACUUCUCACCGCAGCCUUCAGAAAUUGCCUGCAGGCAUGCCUUCUACAAAAGGAACCAAGCGGCAAAUGAGACCAUCGCAGACUUUGUGGCGGCCCUUCGAAAGGCAGCGAGGCCGUGCAAUGUUGCGGAUGUGGAAAUCGCCCUCCGAGACCGAUUGGUAUGCGGCCUUCGGGACGAGCGCCUACAGCAGCGGCUAUUCGCCAAACCAACGCUAACCUGGGCUGUGGCAUACGAAGAGGCGGUUGCGGCAGAGGCGGCCGACAGGUCCACCAAAGAGGUUCGGCAGCGCCAGGCGACGACAGAACAGCACGUCCACUCCCAGUGCAAUGAGGAAGAGGGCGUUGAUGCGCUUGAGGAUGUCAACGCGGUUAAGGGCAAGCGGACCCAAAUGAAGACUGCUCCUAGCAAAACCUGCUCCGGUUGUGGUGGGAAGCAUCAACGUGACGCCUGUUGGGCGCGAGACCUUGAAUGCAGAGCGUGCGGACGGCGUGGGCACAUUGCAAGGGUCUGCAGAGCGGCAAAGAAGAAUCCAGUUUCCAAACCCAGUGAGAGACGACGUUCCCCGGCAAGAGAAGCAUACAGCCAAGUGACAGCCACGCGGCCAAGCGCACCAGUUGUCAACCGCACCAGCUGUCCUGGUAAAAUCGUUAUCACAGUACUCCUAGACGGCCGCCCCUGCUCCUUCGAGAUCGACUCAGGAUCAUCGGUUACCAUCGUUUCAGCGGAGACGUGGCAGAAGCUGUUUCCGGACCGAAGCAAGCGGCGGCUGCAGCAUGCGGACAUGCGAGUGUCUGAUUUCCAGGGCAGGAGGAUUCCGUUGGUCGGCAGAGACACUGUGAACGUUGAGUAUGAGGGGAAAUGUAAAAAAUUGUCGUUCUUAGUUACUGAAGGGGACUGGGUUAACUUGCUGGGGCUGGAUUGGUUUAGCCCUCUGGGUAUCGGAAUCUAUGGGGUAAAUAAGCUGUCUGAGAAUAAAUGGAGUAUGCUUUACGAGAGGUUCCCUGCAGUGUUUGGGGAUGGGUUGGGGAGGUAUAACGGGCCCCCCAUCUCAUUUGAACUAGACCCAAAUGUGGCGCCCAUAAGGCUUAAAUACAGAAAGGUACCAAUACCUAUUCGGCCACGGGUAGAGAAGGAGCUGGACAAGCUCAUAGCACAAGGGGUUCUUGAGCCAGUACCGCACAGCCGAUGGGAGACCCCCAUAGUGACGCCAGUGAAGCCGGACGGGUCUAUUAGAAUAUGUGCCGAUUACAAGUGCACUAUUAACAAGGCGCUUCAGCAGCAUUCAUAUCCAGUACCAGUGAUCAGCCACGUCUUGGCUUCGUUAGGGGGUGGUAAACUUUUUGCUAAAUUAGACUUGGCCCAGGCCUAUCAGCAACUGCCUGUCACUCCGGAAGCGGCUGAGGCACAGACCAUAGUGACUCAUAGGGGGGCAUUUAAAGUUAACAGACUCCAAUUCGGAGUAAACGUGGCCCCUGGGUUGUUUCAAAGUCUAAUGGAACGUCUACUUAGGGGGGUUCCGGGCACAGUGCCCUAUUUUGACGACGUCUUGAUAGCCGGGAAAUCCGAACAAGAGCUACUGGACCGAGUCACAGAGGUCCUAACACGUUUUCAAAAUGUUGGGUUAAAGGUUAAACGUUCCAAAUGCACCAUGGGCGUUGAAAGUGUGGAGUUUCUGGGUUUCCGCAUAGACGCGGAAGGGGUUCACCCCACAAGUGAGAAAAUUGAGGCCAUUAAAAAUGCACCCAAGCCUGAAAACAAAAAAGAUUUGCAAGCGAAAUGGACAUGGGGGCCAGCCGAAAAAAGGGCUUUUGAUGGAGUUAAGGCAUUAUUAACAUCCGACGCCGUUUUGACUCAUUAUGAUGAGCAAAAGCUCCUGAUUUUGGCUGCUGACGCCUCGCCUUUUGGAAUAGGCGCCGUUUUGAGCCAUCUGAUGCCAAAUGGAAGCGAGGCGCCUAUCGCUUUCUAUUCACGGUCUCUAUCUGAGGCGGAGCGGAACUAUGCCCAGAUUGACAAGGAAGGUCUGGCUUUGGUAGCGGCUGUCAAAAAGUUCCACGAUUUUGUUUUUGGCAGGAAAUUUGUGUUGGUCACAGACCACAAGCCGCUACUGGGGAUUUUUGCGCCCGAUAAGCAGUUGCCAAACAUCAUGUCCCCUAGGAUGCUUAGGUGGGCGCUGUUUUUGCAGGCUUACGACUUUGAUCUGGAACACCGGCCGGGUAAGGCUAUAGGGCAUGCUGACGCGAGGGGGUGGCCAAUGGGCAGCAUGGAACACGAGUUCCAACCGUACAAAACCCGCCAAAAUGAAUUGUCCAUAUCAAAGGGCUGUGUACUAUGGGGAAACAGGGUGGUGGUUCCAGACACACUCAGGCAGCAGGUGUUACAAUCCUUACACGAAGGGCACCCUGGUAUAGUACAAAUGAAGGCCCUGGCGAGAGGGUAUGUCUGGUGGCCUAAGAUGGACGCGGCCAUUGAAGAGUGGGUACAAGUUUGCAACCAGUGUCAGCAAAGCAGGCCAGACCCCCCAACAGCCCCACCACAGAAAUGGGAAUCCACGGGUAAGCCAUGGUCAAGGCUUCACAUAGAUUUUGCUGGCCCAGUACAAGGGCAAAUGUUCCUUAUAAUUGUGGAUGCAUGGUCCAAAUGGCUUGAGGUGGUGCACAUGCGCUCAACCACGUCUACCGCUGUUGUACAGGCAUUGCGCCGGUUGUUCGCAACCCAUGGGUUGCCGGACACACUGGUCAGCGACAAUGGCCCUCAGUUUGUGUCCGAGGAGUUUAGACAAUUCCUCACAAACAAUGGUAUCCGGCAAAUGACUGCAGCCCCGUUCCACCCAGCUUCGAAUGGUCAGGCCGAACGGAUGGUCCGCACGGCCAAAGAAGCCCUGGGACGAUUGACAGAAGGGGAUUGGAGUGUGAGGCUGGGGGCGUUCCUAUUGCGCCAGCACACCACCCCAUGUAGCACAACAGGUCGUAGCCCGGCCGAGCUACUGAUGGGCAGGCGGCUAACCACCUGCUUAAACCGCCUUCACCCAGAUUUAAAUGAACAGCAAGAGGGGCGUACAUCUCCUCAAACGAAUGUGCGCAUGUUUAGGGAAGGGGACAAGGUUUUUGCCCGUAAUUACGCCAGCGGACACUUAUGGGUCCCCGGAAAAAUCUGUGGUUGUAUAGGCUCUAGGAUGUAUACAGUGCUGUUGAAUGAUGGCAGAAGGUGGCGGCGCCACGUGGACCAAUUACGAAAGCGUUGGGCCAAGGACAGCGCUGACUCUCCGGCUGGGUCCUCAGAAUUAGUUAUUCAACCUCCCGCAAUGGAGGAAAACGAGGAGUUGGCAGGUAUUACGGGGCAAUUCCCUGAGUCUGAAACAACAGACCCGGCCGUACAAGCGCCUGAUUCAGGGUCUGUGGAGCCACAGUUGGAAGCCCCGCCAACUGAACCUAUUGUACUUAGAAGGUCACAGCGUACACACAGACCUCCUGCAUACUUGGCUGACUAUGAGUGCAGCAAUCUGUUUGAGUCUGCCUGA